CAUUUCAUUGCAGAGACCAGAGAGACCUACGUGAAUUGCAAGGAGCUAAGCGUGGCGUGACUCAAUUGAAUGCUCCACUGCAGGAACUCAGAAAUGGUGAAAUAUGGCGCCUGAGCAUUAAUGCAACCAUUUGGUCUUUUCUUGUGUAACAAAUCAUGAUUCUAUUAAAUAAAAGAGACAUCCUCAAAAUCUUAAACUUGAAAUCGUUUUGAGAAUGUUUCUUGAAAUGUUACACAAUAUCUCGUGAAAAUCGUAGCAAGACCAUCAGCUCCCCUUAUAAUACUGUAUCUGGUCUCUCUUCUUCUCUCCUCUCACUUACAAGAACAAAUGAUACUCGUGAGGAAGAGCUCAUAAAUUUCACGAGUUUCUCAGACAUGUCUCCAACACCCAAUUUUGAGUUCUCUUCAACCCCUUCAAAUACCCCAUUCAUUCUUCCAACAAACAUGCAUUCUUUUCCAAACAACCAGUAUACUUUCAAUGGAACCCAGUACCAAAAUCUCCCUUUUCUGUCUUUCACUAUGUAUUGUUUCCAUACAAGCUCAAGAUUUGCAAACCUACAUAGUUCAGUUGCACCCACAUGGAGAAACUAGACCCCCCUUUAGCUCCAAACUUCAAUGGCACCUUUCUUUCCUUGCAAAAACAGUUUCCUCUAGAGAAGAAGACUCGUCUUCUCGCCUUUUGUACUCGUACCAUUCUGCCAUGGAAGGCUUUGCAGCUCGACUCAACGAAGCUGAGCUCGAGCUUUUAAGGAAAUCCAAUGAUGUUUUAUCGAUACGUGCAGAGAGGAGGCUUGAAAUUCAGACUACUUAUUCCUACAAGUUCUUGGGACUAAGUCCGACGGGAGAAGGAGCUUGGUUAAAGUCUGGAUUUGGUCGAGGGGCGAUCAUUGGAGUGUUGGAUACUGGAGUUUGGCCCGAAAGUCCAAGUUUUGAUGAUCAUGGAAUGCCUCCUAUUCCACAGAAAUGGAGAGGUAUUUGCCAAGAAGGACAAGAUUUCAAUUCUUCUAGUUGCAAUCGCAAGCUUAUUGGUGCGAGGUUGUUCAGCAAAGGACAUCGUGUGGCCUCAAUGACAUUGUCACCGGAUGCAGUGGAGGAAUAUGUGUCACCACGGGAUUCCCAUGGCCAUGGUACACAUACAGCAUCCACUGCUGGAGGAGCUGCAGUUCCAAUGGCUGGUGUGCUCGGAAAUGGAGCAGGGGAGGCUCGAGGGAUGGCCCCCGGGGCCCACAUUGCGAUAUAUAAAGUAUGCUGGUUCAGUGGUUGUUACAGCUCUGACAUACUUGCAGCAAUGGAUGUAGCCAUUAGAGAUGGAGUAGACAUAUUGUCGCUCUCACUUGGUGGCUUCCCCAUUCCACUUUAUGAUGAUACUAUUGCCAUUGGUGGUUUUCGAGCCAUGGAGCAUGGAAUCUCAGUUAUAUGUGCAGCAGGGAAUAAUGGCCCGAUGCAAAGUUCAGUAGCCAACGGUGCUCCUUGGAUCGCCACUAUUGGUGCUAGCACACUUGACAGGAGAUUUCCAGCAUUAGUUCAAUUAGGCAAUGGUAAGUACCUGUAUGGAGAAUCCUUGUACCCUGGUAAGCAAGUUCCAAGGUCUCGGAAGAGCCUUGAGAUCGUUUAUGUCAAGGGUGGGGAUAAGGAAAGUGAAUUUUGCUUGAGAGGAUCGCUUUCACGAGCACAAGUCCAAGGAAAAAUGGUUGUAUGUGAUAGAGGAGUUAACGGAAGGGCAGAAAAAGGCCAGGUUGUGAAGGAGGCAGGUGGUGCUGCCAUGAUCCUAGCAAAUACAGCAAUAAAUUUGGAGGAAGAUUCUGUUGAUGUCCAUGUCCUUCCUGCAACGUUGAUUGGCUUCGAUGAAUCAGUUCAAUUAAGAAACUACCUCAACUCGACAAAAAGGCCAACAGCUCGAUUCAUAUUUGGAGGAACAGUAAUAGGAAAGUCAAGAGCACUCGCAGUAGCUCAAUUUUCCUCAAGGGGGCCAAGUUAUACUGAUCCUUCAAUUCUCAAACCUGAUUUGAUUGCUCCAGGGGUAAACAUAAUUGCCGCUUGGCCACAAAAUUUAGGCCCUAGUGGCCUUCCAGAGGAUUCACGAAGAGUAAAUUUCACUGUUAUGUCAGGGACUUCCAUGGCUUGUCCUCAUGUUAGUGGAAUUGCCGCAUUGCUCCAUUCAGCUCACCCUAAAUGGACUCCAGCAGCAAUCAGAUCCGCAUUAGUGACAACUGCAGAUACAACCGAUCACUUGGGAAAACCGAUCACGGAUGGAGAUGCACCGGCUAAACUUUUUGCAGCUGGAGCUGGACACGUAAAUCCAGGAAGAGCAAUCGAUCCUGGAUUGAUAUAUGACAUCCGUGUUGAUGAAUAUAUCACUCACCUUUGCACUAUUGGAUACAGAAAUUCUGAAGUCUUCAGCAUUACUCAUAGGAAUGUCAGUUGCCAUGACAUUUUACAGAAGAAAACUGGUUUCAGCCUAAAUUACCCCUCAAUUUCGGUAAUUUUCAGGGAAGGAAUGACUAGAAAGAUGAUCAAAAGGAGAGUGAAAAAUGUGGGGAACCCUAACUCUGUUUACUCAUUUGACGUUGUGGCACCCGAGGGAGUCAAAGUGAGAGUCAAACCACGUCGUCUGAUAUUUAAACAUGCGAACCAAAGCUUAAGCUACAGAGUUUGGUUCAUAUCGAGGAAGAGAAUCGGGUCUAAAAGGAUGAGCUUUGCGGAGGGGCAAUUGACAUGGGUUAAUGUAGGAAACAAGGACAAGAAAGUCAGGAGUCCUAUUUCAGUCACAUGGGCAUCAAUGAAGUAAAGGCUAUCACCACUCUCACAACAGUAGAACCAAAUAUACAUUGUUUUAGUCCAUUAGAGGAAUUUCACAUCAAAUUAGAACUUGAUGUUAGAGCAGAUACAGCUGAGAGGCAAAGAUACACUUAAUCUUUCCAUAAAGAAGAAUUGAUUGAUAAUCAUUUGAAUGCAACGUGUUUUACCAAGUA